AUGUUCAACGCACUCAAUGGGCUUGGUGGAGCUGGAUUGGUAGCCCCUGGUCCGGCGAAUGAGUCGAACAUCGCUCUCUACGCCUGUUUUUCAAUUGUCGGAUUCUUUGCCGGGUUCAUCGUCAAUAUUGUUGGACUGAAGUCAUCACUAUUCGUUGGUGGGAUAUCAUAUGUGGUUUACGCCGGUAGUUUUCUCGCUUACAAACACAUCGAGAAUCGAGGCUUCUUGAUCUUUGGAGGGGCGUUCUUAGGAGCAUGUGCAGGCCCCUUCUGGGCGGCACAAGGGGCCAUGUUAAUAUCUUAUCCUUCUCAUGAGCAGAAGGGACGAUCUAUCUCCUGGUUCUGGGCUAUAUAUAACACCGGUGCUGCAAUAGGAAGUCUUGUCACGCUUUGUCAAGAACUACAAAUCGGCGCCAGCAAUGUUGCUUCUGAUAGUACAUACAUCACCAUCGUUGCGCUAAUGUUCGCUGGGACUGUAUUGUCUCUUUGUCUAUGCCAACCCAAAAAUGUCAAAAGGGAAGAUGGAUCUCAUGUUCACAUCAUAGUAGCGGCUAAAAAAGACUGGCGAGACGAAAUUAUGCAUUUUCGGAAGCUUAUCCGCAAAGACUAUUUUAUCGUUCUAUUAUUCCCCAUGUUUCUUACGUCAAAUUGGUGCUAUCCAUAUCAAUUCAACACCUUCAAUCUAAGAACAUUCAAUAUCCGCACAAGAGCUUUGAACAACUUCCUUUAUUGGCUAUCAGAGAUUCUGGGUGCGCUAGUUGUGGGGCAUACCUUGGACAAUGAUCGCCUGAGCCGGUCCAGUCGAGCGAAGGGACUUGUCACCGGACUUAUACUUCUAACUCUCGGGGUUUGGACAGGUGGCUAUAUGUGGCAGAAAGGGUAUUAUCAUCAAACAGAAAUUGUUGCAGAGGGCCAAAAAAUGGACUUUGAUGGUGCAGAUUACCUUGGGCCAAUGUUUUUAUAUAUGGCUUACGGAAUAUUCAAUGCCAUAUGGCAGAAUUGUGUAUAUUGGAUAUUGGGGAAACUCACGAGUGAUACUCGAACAGCAUCAAUAUAUAUCGGUUUUUAUAAAGGUAUCCAGUCGGCAGGUGGAGCUAUCAGUUACCGCAUAAACAACUCAAAUCUUUCGGCUAUGAAUGAGUUUUUGAUUUGCUGGAUUCUUCUCACCGUUUCACUGGUUAUUGCGGCGCCAGUUAUCAUUCACAAGAUACGAGAUGAGGUAGUUGACGCAGAUACCGCUGGGGAAGAAACGGCUACAGAAACGGGACCUGCAGAAAUUGCUGAAGAGAAAGCAAGCAUUGUAGAAAGUUCGAAGGAGGGCGAGGGGGAGCGUUCUGAGAAAAAAUUGGAAACAUCAACAUCACCAGUGUGA